AUGCAGGGCGUCACGUGUCUUUUUCAUGAUGGCGUGGGUAUGUUUUUGUCUCCUGUUGAUUUGCCGUUUCAUCGCAGAACUGCUCAACCAACAAGAUUAGAUGGCUUUUGGGCCUUUUUGUUCUGUUUUCCUUUGAUAGAGAGAGAGUGUGUGUGUGUGUGUGCCUUAUAUCCCUUCUGCUUCUCAUUUUUCUCUCCCUGUGCCGGCAUGUCUGCUUUUGACUUGGCGGAAGAGAUGUCCACUGGCUCGACAGAAGACGUUCAUAUGACCGAAGAGACUAUCAUACGGCGUUGCCGAAUGCAUCAAGGAUACACCACACCAGAGUUGAAUGAGAAGCUCUACCUUAAUCAUGUAGGCUUUAGAACGAUAUCUUCUCUAGACGCCUUUCACCAAUGUACCGUGUUGUAUCUCAACGACAAUGCGAUUAGCAGCCUCGAGGGACUUUGCCCACUGCAGCGGCUUCACUCUCUCUACCUUAACAACAAUGUCCUUCAGGAAUGCUGUACUCUUCCGGUAUUGCCUUCACUGCGUCUGCUUGAUAUUUCGAACAACAGUAUUGGGUCCUUUGCGGGGAUCUCCAACGCCCCGGGGCUGGAGACACUUCUUGCCGCCAGCAACCGUGUCACGAACUUGCAGGGACUGGAGCCACUCGGGCACCUUGUCACCGUUGACGUCUCCCAGAAUUGCAUAUCUCAGGCGGAUCAUGCACUUCCAUUGCUCUUUCAGAAAAAAACGGUCCGCACAUGUAUGUUACAAGGCAACCAAUUUGUGAGAACGACACCAUCUUACAGAAAAGUGGUAAUUGCUCAAAUGCCUUCUCUCCGAUUCCUAGACCAAUAUCCCGUUUCCCCUGAGGAGCGGAGCUGUGCCGAGGCGCACGCCAUUGGCGGGGUGGAGAUGGAAAAGGCAAAACGGAUGGAAAACGAGCGGAGGGAAGAGGAGGAAAGAAAAAAACAAUUUUUGUUUUUCAGCGAGGCACGCGCGACGGUGCGGGAGCGCCGAUUGACGGAGGGUCCGCGCGUGGGUUCCACAGCCUAUUUUGAAAACAACAAAUGCGACGACAUUUAUGUGCCGAACCGUUGA